AUGGUGCAAGUUGUUGUUUUUACGGACUUCGAUGGGACUAUAACGUUACAGGACAGCUAUAAUUAUCUUGCGGAUGAUUUCGGAUGUGGUAAAGAUGAGCGAGAGAGGACGUUUGGCGAAGUGUUCAAUGGCACGAGCACGUUUCGGGAGACGUUCCACAAGAUCUUGGAGAGUGUUGAAUUGCCAUUCGACGAAUGUGUAAAGAUUUUGAAAGAUAAUGUGCAGUUAGAUACGGGGUUUCGAAGCAUGUACGACUGGUGCAUCAAAGAGCAGGUACCGUUGGUAGUAGUCAGCGGUGGAAUAAGACUUGUUAUCGAGGAGUUAUUAGAGCAACAUUUGGGCAAGGAUGCAUUGAAGAAUAUCGAAAUCUAUUCCAACGAUGUGGUAGUCAAUGAUGACGGAUCGUGGAGUAUUGUAUAUAGGGACGAUUCACACCAUGGACACGACAAAGCAAGAUCGAUUGAUCUAUGUAAGCAAAGGUUCAAUCAGCAGAUGAAUACACCAGUUUACUUAUAUUGUGGGGAUGGCGUGAGUGAUGUCAGUGCUGCAAAAGAAUGUGACCUGUUAUUUGCUAAGCGAGGGAAAGAUUUGGUCACGUAUUGCGACAGGGAGGGUAUCUUGUAUCAUGAAUUCGAUACCUUCGAAAACAUUCUUGAAUGCGUGAAACGGGUAACAUCUGGCGAGAUAUCUGUGCAGGAGCUGACUAAAUAA